UAUCGGAUCGGGUAAAUCAUCUUAUACUUGUCUUUGGGAAGGAUGUUCAGGAAAUGGAAAAUGUUUUAAUCAAAGACAAAAGGUGAUGAGACAUUUACAAUCUCAUACUGGAGAUCGACCAUUUGAAUGUGAGAUGUGUGAAAAGAGAUUUGGUGAGAUGGCUACUUUGGUACAACAUCGUAGGACACAUACGAAUGAAAAGCCAUAUAAAUGUACAUUUGAAGGUUGUUCAAAAUCAUUUGCAUUACAAUCAGCCUUAACGAUUCAUAAACGAAUUCAUACAGGAGACAAACCGUUUAAGUGUACUAUAGAAGGAUGUUUAGCAAGCUUUAGUGAAUCUUCAAACCUUUCUAAACAUUUGAAAACUCAUCUAGGUUUAAAGAAUCAUGAAUGUAAGGUUUGUAAGAAAAAGUUUGGUAGAUCUGAUCAACUGCUUAGACAUAUGGGAACUCAUGAAUCGGUUAAUCUUAAGAAAAGAACUGAGGAGAGUAGUAGGGAGAAAGAGAAUGGUGGUAGGAUCGUUAAGAAAAGGAAAUAAAAGCAAUUUGAUUUUUUCCUUUGUUUGUUUGAUUUUUUUGAGGUAUUCAUUGGGUUCUGGUUUUUAGUUAUUUGUGAAUAGAUAGAAUCUAUUGGAAAAAUUGUCAACUUGUAGCACUACCAUUUUAUCUCUAACAUUAAUAAAAAAACAAAAUGACAGCAAGC